CUCUCUCUCUUGAUUUAUUCCAACCCUUCUCUUCUUCUCUUCCCCGGAAAAAUUUUUCCGCUUUUCUGCUCUCCGAUUCCUCCAGUUCCUCUUUUUCCAUCGAUUUUUAUCCAAAUAUGACGGUAAAGAAAGCAAAGGAAUUGGGUUUUUUAAUCCAUUCUUCCAGGAUUUGGAGGGUUUCUUAACCGUGGAGCGACGGAGAGGGUUCAGAAAUAUAAUUCCCUCGUUCUUCUCCGAUGUCCAACGAGAAGUUAGGGUUCUUGGAAGCGUGUUGAUUUGCCUUCUGAGGGAGAAACUCCGAUCAUCAAAAAAGAGUCGAUCGACGGUCGUAGAUAAAGAAAGGAUUUCAGGCGAUCGAACCCUAGUGGAGCUUUUCUCCAGACUUCUUUGAUCCGCUCAUCAGACGGAGGAGAUCCCUGGAUCAUCCAAUCAUCUUCUAGCCCGAGUUAGGCCGGCUUCUAGAAGAUACGGCGGGGGUCCCCACGGGGGCUUAACGGCGUUCUCUUCUCUUUCCUUUCCUUUUUUUUUCCAAGGCACGGGAGAUGGCGGAGUAGCGGGUCCGCGAUGGCUUGCUGAAUUGGCAAAGACAGUCUCAUGGAAACUUCAUCCAGUGUAAUUGCACUGUUAUCACCCUUGGCAAUGGCAAAGUUCUUACUUCCCCUCCAUUUAUUAAGCACCCUUCUGCUUUCCCUUUUCCCGAUCUCAAACUCCCAAGCAGUGGAAACUCAAGCUCUCCUGCACUUCAAGAGUCAAUUGAUUGAUCCUAUGAAUUAUCUUGGAAGCUGGAAAGAGUCAAACUCCCCAUGCCAGUUUUUUGGUGUCACAUGCAACUCCAACUCUGGGGAAGUUACUGGAAUCUCACUUGCAUAUAAGAACCUUUCUGGAGAGAUCUCACCAUUAAUCUCUGUCCUUAGCGGCCUUGACACACUUCUUCUUCAGGAAAAUUCCAUCUCAGGCGCUGUUCCUUCUGAGUUGAAGAAUUGUGUUAGUCUUCAGGUCCUCAAUCUCUCGAUGAACAGUUUAACAGGCCAAUUGCCAGAUCUUUCAGCCUUAAGGAACUUAAAAGUUCUUGAUUUGUCUACAAAUGGCUUUUCCGGUAAGUUUCCAGCUUGGAUUGGGAGUCUAUCAGGUCUGGUUGCACUGGGUCUUGGUCAGAAUAACUUCAAGGAGGGAGAGAUUCCACCAACUAUUGGAAAUUUGAAGAACCUAACAUGGCUUUACUUGGCUAAAUGUAAUCUGAGAGGAGAGAUUCCAGCUUCUGUAUUAGAAUUAACAUCACUAGGAACUUUAGAUUUCUCCCGGAACCAAAUUUCAGGAACACUUCCUAGAGAAAUUUCGAAGCUACAGAAGCUAUACAAGAUUGAGCUCUACCAGAAUAAUUUAACCGGAGAGAUCCCACCUGGGCUUGCAAACCUCACUCACUUGCGUGAACUUGACAUUUCCCGGAAUCAAAUGACUGGAAAAAUUCCUGCUGAGCUUGGUAAUCUUAAGAAUUUCACUGUCAUCCAGUUAUAUAGUAACAACUUCUGGGGUGAACUCCCCAAAGGAUUUGGAGACUUGCAGUUUCUCAUUUCAUUUUCUAUCUAUGAGAAUAAUUUUUCUGGAGAAUUCCCAGUAAAUAUCGGCCGGUUUUCACCACUCAACGCUUUGGACAUAUCAGAGAACAACUUCUCCGGUGAAUUCCCAAGGUUCUUGUGCCAAAACAACAAUCUGCAGUUCUUGCUCGCACUCGAUAAUAACUUCUCAGGUGAAUUUCCUGAUUCUUAUGCUAACUGCAAGUCUUUGCAGAGGUUCCGAAUUAGCCAGAAUCGCUUCACAGGGAGACUUCCAGAUGGGUUGUGGGGACUGCCAUAUGCCACCAUCAUUGAUAUAGCAGACAAUGCUUUCAUUGGAGGGAUAUCUUCAGAGAUUGGGACCUCAACUAUCUUGAAUCAAUUGUGUGUGCAAAAUAACAAGCUUUCUGGUGAGAUUCCUGUGGAGAUAGGAAAGUUAUCCCAGCUGCAGAAAUUAUAUGCUUCCAGUAAUUCUUUCUCAGGUCAGAUACCAUUUGAAAUUGGAAAUCUGGACCGGUUGACAUCUUUGCAUUUGGAGGAUAAUGCUCUAACUGGGUCUAUACCAUCUGAACUCGGUUCAUGUAGUAGACUGGUAGAGAUUGAUCUUGCACAGAAUGCAUUGAGUGGUAACAUUCCAGGAACACUCUCCCAGUUGGCCUCUCUCAAUUCAAUAAAUCUUUCACAGAACCUGAUUGCUGGCCCUGUUCCAGAUAGUUUACAAUCAUUGAAGCUAAGCUCCAUUGACUUUUCCAAGAACCGAUUAACAGGAAGGGUUCCUCUGGGUCUUCUAAUGAUUGCUGGAGAUGGAGCAUUUUCUGGCAAUCCUGGUCUAUGUAUUGAUGGAAAGUCAGGAAGUGAAGGGGGUCCUGACUUGGGCAUUUGCAAGAUGGAUGGCAGGCACAAGGAUAUCUUAGGAAAUAGACUGGUUCUGAUAUCAAUCAUUUUAUCAGCUAUGGUCAUGCUUUUAGCUGGUUUAGUGUUUGUGAGUUAUAGGAGCUUCAAGCUUGAGGAAUCUGAUAGAGAGAAGGAUCUGGAGGAGGGCAUGCACAAUGACUCAAAUUGGAAAGUGGAAUCUUUCCAACCGCCAGAACUUGAUGCAGAAGAGAUAUGUAAGUUGGAAGAGGAAAAUUUAAUUGGAAGCGGGGGCACUGGUAGAGUUUAUCGAUUAGAGCUGAAGAACAGAGGCACAGUCGCGGUGAAGCAAUUAUGGAAAGGGAAUGGAGCAAAAGUUUUGAUGGCAGAAAUAGAUAUAUUGGGGAAGAUCAGGCAUAGAAACAUACUGAAGCUAUAUUCCUGCUUCACCAGAGGGGAGCUUAAUUUUCUUGUAUAUGAGUACAUGCCUAAUGGGAAUCUUUAUCAAGCUCUUCAUCGGGAAAUCAAAUGUGGGCAACCAGAGCUGGACUGGAACAAGCGGUACAAGAUUGCUGUGGGUGCAGCGAAGGGAAUCAUGUAUCUUCACCAUGAUUGUUCACCAGCCAUCAUACACAGGGAUAUAAAAUCCACCAACAUAUUGCUGGAUGAUGAAUAUGAAGCAAAAAUUGCUGAUUUUGGGAUAGCAAAGAUAGCUGAGGAAUCAGAUUUAAGUUGUUUUGCUGGUACACAUGGUUACAUUGCUCCUGAACUUGCAUAUUCACUCAAGAUAACUGAAAAGAGCGAUGUCUAUAGUUUUGGUGUUGUCUUGCUAGAAUUGCUUACUGGCCGUAGUCCUAUAGAACCUCAGUUUGGUGAAGGCAAAGAUAUUGUCUGUUGGGUUUCAAUGCAUCUCAGUGGCCAAAAUGUCGCAGAAGUUCUUGACCCUAGGGUGUCAAGUUCUGUGGAAGAUGAAAUGAUAAAAGUUUUGAAGGUUGCUAUUUUGUGUAUUACCAAGUUGCCAACUUUGCGCCCGACCAUGAGGGAGGUGGUAAAUAUGCUUAUCAAUGCUGAUCCUUGCACACCAAUUAUGAGGGAAAAGAACUGUGGUAAGAGCUGAUAGUUUUAUUGGGCAGGCUCUUUUGUACAAUGACUAUAGAUGUUUUAGAACAUUGAAGUUAAUGUUUAGUCAGUAUAGGCUCUGGAUGCUUAUAACUCGGUUCAAUCUAGGUAUCAAUCUAAGUGUAACGUAAAUUACAAGUUCCAAGGAGUGUUGUCUUCAAGUGGAUACAUCUGGUUUUAUAAGUGGAUGUACUGGGCUUUAUGCCGUGUAUGAUUAUAGUGUGUUGAUUGACUUUUCUGUCUAAUGAAAAGCGAUUCUUAUUUUAUAUACCUAAA